CUUGUGGCCAAGAUAGGAAGCUUAUCAUAAGGACAGUUAGAAGCUUUUCCGCCAUCAGUUCCUUUCUCUCACAGAUAAAUUUGUCACACAGAUUUGGUGCACAAGCAAAAGUAAAAGAAUGCUGCAUUUCCCAGUAGUACCGGGACAGUUUGGUCCGGAGGCUCGGGAGCUGGGUCUCAAAGGCUGGAGGGUGGAGAAGAUGAAGGCCGUUUCAUUGGACCCCUCGGACCUGGGGGCUUUCUUCACCGGGGAUUCCUACCUGAUUCUGAGUAACCGUGGAGACGAAGGAGCUGACCUACACAUGUGGAUCGGUGAGAAGUCCUCUCGAGACGAGCAGGUGGCCUGUGCCAUGUUGGCCACACAGCUGGAUCACUUCCUGCGCACAGACCCCGUGCAUCACCGACAGGUGCAGGGCUAUGAGUCCCCUGAGUUUAUGAGCCUCUUCCCCAGGGGAGUCAGCUAUAAGGAGGGUGGUGUGGAGUCAGGGUUUAGGAAGGUUCAGUCUGGUUCUGCUCCAAUCCACCGGUUAUACCAGGUCAAAGGCAAAAGAAACAUCCGAGCCAGGGAGGUAGAACUCAGCUGGAAGAGUUUCAACAAGGGCGACUGUUUCAUACUGGACCUGGGAGAGACAAUAUUGUCCUGGGUCGGUUCCAAGGCCAAUAUGUUUGAGAAACAGAAGGCACGGGAGAUUUCCAUGCUUAUUCGGGACGCGGACAAACAUGGCAAGGCCCGCAUCUUUGACGUGAGCGAGGGAGAAGAGACGCCCGAGAUGCUUCAGGUUCUGGGCCCUAUGCCAGAAUUGAAAGAGAGCAUCCCAGAGGAGGACACCCAAGCUGAUGUCUCUAAUUGUGCCUCUUUAUUCAAGGUGUCUGAUGCCACGGGCAGAAUGACUCUGACCAAAGUGUCAGAGAAGAGUCCGUUUGGGAAGGACCUCUUGGUCCGGGAUGACUGCUUUAUCCUGGACAACGGGGCUAACGGCCAGAUCUUUGUGUGGAAAGGGAGCGGAGCCAAUCCAGAGGAGAAGAAAGAGGCACUAAAGAUGGCAGAAAACUUUAUCGAGCAGAUGAACUACCCCAGAAUGAAGACACAGGUGAAGAUUUUCCCCCAAGGACGAGAGACAAUGAUAUUCAAGCAGUUCUUCAAAGACUGGGACUAACCUUACUUCAGAGGUCAAGAUUACUCAAUGGCUGACCUGGAGACAUUGUAUGUCUACCUCAACAAACAGCAUACUUUGCAUACUGUAAUCCUAAGGUUUAUCAUUGUAAAAUCUAAUUAAAGUAAUAAAAUGCAAGUAAAAUGG